GAGUAGUAGCCAUCGUUGAUUGAACAAGAAGAGUUCAAUUUCUUCCAAAACGCUAUUGUAGUGAUGUCGUCUUCUCGUCUCCUCUUGAUAAGUAAGCGGAGCUUUAACUAAUUCCGUUAACCAGAAAGCGGGCUUUGCUUCUCGAACCAUGUACGGUUGCCUUUCUCCCUCUCCGAUUUCACUCUCUCUCUGUAAAAUCACCACCACCAAAGCCCUAACACCAUUCCCCAACUUCUCUCCCUGGAAAAACGGCACGUCGUUUCUCUUCCUUCGCGGCAGAGAACCCACGAAGAAGACUCCGACCGUGUUCGGCUCAGACUCGGAGCAGCAUCGAUUUCGUGCGGAAUUAGGGUUUAAGGAGAAAGGCGAAGAUCCUUUCGAGGAUUUCGAAACGAAUAUCAGCAAAUUCAAGCGGAAGAAGAAUGGCGGAGGACGAAGAAGAGAGGGUGGUGAAGCGAAUUCUUCGGAGCUUCUGGAAUUGAAGGACGAGAAGGUAAGUGGAGAGAGUAAGCGAAGUUUCGAGGACGAGAAUUUAGUGCGUUUCGAGGAUGGGAAUGGAGAUGGUGAUGAGGAGGAGGAGAAAUUGGUUAGGGCUGAUGGAAGAAUGGGGUUGAGGAAAGGGAGACAGGUGGUGAGGAGGUCGAGCUUGCUUGCGAAGCAAGUUAUCAGCAUUCGAAGUGCUCUCAGUUUGGGCUUCGUUUCGCAGCUUUGGGUUGAUACUACUUCUUGGGUUGUAUUGUUUCUAGAAGUGAGGCCAAACUUGCUUUCAGGGGAAUGUGAACGUUUUCUUUUGGAGGAUGUUAGCCAAGUUGGUGAUGUUGUACUUGUUGAGGAUGAGACUGUGAUUGAGAAUGAAUUUAAAAUGAUUGGGCUGGAAACAUUGGUAGGAUACAAAGUUGUGACACCAAGUCGACGAAACAUAGGCAAGGUGCGGGGAUACACUUUCAAUGUUAAUUCAGGGGCUAUUGAGUCUCUGGAGCUUGAUUCUUUUGGGAUCUCAAUUAUCCCCUCAAGUUUGGUAAGUACUUAUGCUUUGCUUGUUGAGGAUGUGCUGGAAGUUCUAUCUGAUGCUAUUGUCGUACAUGAAGCUGCUGCUUCACGUAUACAGAGGCUGACUAAGGGUUUCUUGGAUUCCCAGAAUGUGGGGAGUAACAUAGACGAUCUUGAAGAGUAUGCUGACUUUGAAAGACCUCUAAGAUCUGAACAAAGCACAAAAGGUUAUGGUACUCGGAGUCGGAAGUCUCGUCGAAUGAUUAGGGAGAUUGAGGAUGAUUGGGAGCUUCCAAUGGAUUACUUGUGAUCUGCUGGGCUUUCACUAUCUCCACAAACAGAGUGAGCAUUACAGGUCACCUCAAGUCUAUGCUCUGUUUUUAAUUUGUUUUGGCGAACAGAAGCUGUUGUAUUGUUCAUGCAUAGUAUCACCAAAAAAAAAAAAGGGUCACCAUCAUGUGCUGAAGUUGGCGGAUCUAUUUAGUUCUAUCUUGACCAAGAGCUUCUUGUGUAUAUAAUUGUAAAUGAGUUAAAGAGUACCACAUGUAGUUUUAGCAUGCACUAUGCCUAUUUAUCAAUGUGAUUAUAUCUUGUUAUUGUGAGCAACGGGUGAUCGGAAAAAAUUGUGGAUCUUUCUU